GGCAGAAACAUGGCGACUUUCAUUGCCAAGUCCCUGUAGUAGAAUGUGUCUUUAUUCGAGAACCAUUGCCUUUGUUUAUGUAUUUUGGAACCAGUUGAUUUGCAAAUUUGAUACUUAAAUAGAUAAGCGAUAUCAUGGAACACAUAAAUUGUGCGUCGAUCGUCAAAACACCGUCAUAACUUUCGAAGCAAGGUUGACUGAAGUAGAAGUUUGCUUUGGGUUGUUGUCGAAAGAAUAGUUUAAUUUUGAAGUACACCUGGAUCCACGAUGCAAAUCAAAAGCGUGGAAGCCUUAAAAUCUUGGCUUACAACUCGUUUGGAGUCAGUUUGUGAUGCUGAUCCAGCGGCUCUGGCCAAGUAUGUUGUUGCUUUAGUGAAAAAAGACAAGCCUACAGAAGAACUCAAAGACAUUUGUGUGGACCAGUUAGAAGUUUUCCUGUCUGGAGAAACUGGUACUUUUGUGAACACGCUGUUUGAAGCUCUUGCCACUUCCUCUUACAUUCCUCAACCACUUGCUGAACCAAAUCCUGCACCAAUUGCUAGCUCUGCUCCUCUGCCAAAAGCUGUUCCUUCACAGUCAGCCCCUAAUUCAACCACACCACAGGAAAAACCCAGGAAGUCAUCAAUAUCAGAGGACUCACAAGUUCUAACAGAGCCUUCAGUAUUAGAUGAUGAUGACAGAGAUUUUAAGAGAACAAGGAGAACCACAGAUUCUAGUGACAAAAUUACCAGCUCUGUGGUGUCCAGCAGUGGUGACAGAUCUCGUAAGCGAAGGGGUGAUGAUGAAAGCAGAUUCAGGGGUGACUACUCAAAGUUUGCAAAAGAGGAAUCUGGUGGAAUACGACAUGGAGAUUCUGAAUCUCAUGAUGAUCAGGGCUCCAGAAGUAAAUCUGAUGGUGCACAUUAUGACAAUGCAACUUAUCCUAUUCCGAGUGCCAUGCAUCGUGAACGAAGUAACAAGCAUUUGGAUGGCCAGGAUGGGUUAAUGCAAUCUGGCUUUAUGAACUCUCAUGAUGAUUCAAGAGGAAGGCGUGGCAGUCCCUCUUGGGAUCGAAGAGGUGGUAGGAUGGGGAGAGGACGAUACAGAGAUAACAGAUUUAGAGAUGACCGCUUGAGACAUGGACGAGAAGAAAGAGAGAGAAGUGGUUCCAGAAAGUCUCGUUGUAGAGAUUAUGAUGAAAAAGGAUUUUGCAUGCGCGGGGAACUCUGCCCUUUUGAUCAUGGAAAUGAUCCAGUUGUUGUCCAAGAUGUCCUUCCCCCAGGUAUUUUAGGCUUUCCAGAUGGCCAACCCAUCCCACCUGCAACAUUACCAGGCACUGCUGGUCCAAUACCAGGGAGCUACCCUGCCCCACACCCAGCCCCACAUCCUGCUCCAAACUCACAACCCCCUCCUCCUGGCACCGCUGGUCCUCUACCAAAUGAUGUUCCCAAAUCCAAAGCAAGCCAGGAAGGUCCUGACAGCACUGUACCUGUGAGUGGUCCAAGACCAACAGCCCCAAAUAGAAUGGUUCCUCCACACAGCCAAGCCCCAGUAAUACCAAUGCCAACAGUUCACAUGAUGCCAAACCCUAUGUUAAGGCCACAGGCACCCCGUCCUCAAUUUGGUAAUCCAUUUGAAGAUUCCUACAAUCCAGAACAGCCUCAAUUUGACAGGACACCAGUGUGGAUGAGACUUGGCAAUGGCCGUCCUCCUCACCCUAUUCCCCCUCAUGGAAUGUUUCACCCUAACAUGGGUGGUAUGAGGUCAAGGGAGCUUUUAGCAGUAACUCCAAAUCCACCUCAGCUCACUGUUCAAGUUUCCAACAUGUCUGCCCCUGGACCAAGGAUGCCCACCAUACCUGACAGAAUAGUGAUCCACUCAGAUAAUGCCCCUAAUCCAUCUCAAGAUCACCAGCCACCAGCUCUGAAGCAACCGUCUGCCGUGCCACAGCCAGGUGUGAUUCAGGCUCCUGGCAAAAAAGAUGAAACUGCUCCAGUCAAAAGUCGACUUGGCUUUCCCAGGAAAUUUAGUGACACCCUGGAAUUGAAGAAGAUUCCUCGUGAAUUGAACAACAUUGCAAAGUUGAAUGAGCAUUUUCAACGAUUUGGAACCAUCAGGAACAUUCAGGUUUGUGCCUUUGGAGAUCCUGAAGCAGCACUCGUUCAGUUUUCUCAUCACCAAGAAUGUAAAGCAGCUUAUUCUUGUCCUGAUGCUGUCCUUGGCAACAGAUUUAUCAGGGUGUUUUGGCACAACCCUGACAGGAACCAGAAUAAUAAGGAUGGAAAUUCAAGCAAAGAAGCCACACCAUCCAGUAACUCUGGAUCGGCAUCUGCAGAUGGGGAACCAACUGCAAAGGAGGACUCUAUUAAGCCUGCCACUGAACCUAAGGCAAAACCCACCAUGUUUCAAAGUGGGAAGACAACUUUCUCAAAGACUACAAAAGCUCCUCCUGCUCUUACACCUUCUGGUCCAGCUUUGAACAAAAGGCAACAGGUGCUUCAAAAACAGGAAGCUAUGAAAAAGAAGCUUGAAAUUCAGAAACAAAAGCAAGAACUGCUUAACAAGCAAAUUCAAGAACAAAAGCUUUUAAUCUCCAAGCUGGAGAAGAAAAACUUGAGUGCUGCAGAGAAAGAGUUGAUAAUGAAGACCAUCAAAUCUCUAAGUUCAAACAUUGAAACAUUGAAGAAAGAAGUGGAGUUAACAGCAAUGGCAGCCAAAUCAAAAGAGAGUCCUUCACAGGCAAGACAAAUUGCUCAAAAAGCAAUUCUUGACCAAGAAUUAGAUCUCAUUACCCAUCAAAACACAGGAGAAGACACCACAGAACUGAAGAAAAAAGUUGAAGAACUAAAACAAGAGGCCAAAUCUCUUGGAUUGUUAGACCCACCUAAUAAAGGGCGUGGCAGAGGCGUAGUUAGAGGUAGAGGCAGAGGAACAGCUGUUAGAGGCAGGCCUCUUUCAAAAACAACACGGGUGUGGACAAGAGAGAGUGCCACCCUAGAUCACAGACCCAAACAGAUUGUUGUGAAUGAAGUCACACCAGAACAGAAAGAGGACAUCUCAGAACACUACAGUGAAUUUGGAAUUGUUGACAAUGAAGAAUAUAUUGAGGACAAGAAUACACUUCACCUGACUUUUCGCACAAGAAAAGAAGCAGAAAUCGCUUACAACAAAGGGAAAAUGUUCAAAGGAAGAGCUCUGAAAGUUUCAUGGUUUCGUGCCUCAGUCCCUCCUCCUUCUCCAUCUACAGCUGUUCCAACCACUCCCACCACACCCACCACCCCUACCACUCCAACAACACUGAGGAAAGUUGAGGAAGAGCUAGGACUUUUUGAUGCAGAAUUUGGAAAACAUGAAUUUGAUCCUGAGACAGAUGAAGCCCUCCUUUUGGGGGAAGACUUUGAUGAGGAAGAAGAAGAAGAAGAUGAGCGGUCAUGGAAAAGAUAGUUACAGCAUGACUUUGAAUGGAAAAAUAGGACUAUUAUAUGUUGUAACUUAACAUUUUGUGAUAUGGAUAGGAAAGCCACUCUGCUAUCUUCCAGAGUAACAGUUUAUUUAUGUGAGCAUGCCACAUAAUUCUGUAACCAAAUUGAGGUACUACUCAAAUUUUAGAUGAAAUGUAGUUAUCUUAUGUUGUUAUUGCUAUUUUAAUUUUAUUUCAUGUUGUUAUGAACCAUUGUACAGUGAAAAAGUCAUUAACUUUAGAAGAGUGAAAUGAUUCUUUAAAAAAAGAAAAAUGGUGAAAAAAGACAAUGAAAAGAACUUCUACAAAGAGAAAAGAACAAAAAACAGUUGCUUGACUUCAAGCUUCUAGAA